AUGGUUAUGCAAGUAGGUAAAAGUUUAUUUCAACACAAACAAAAAUUUAUUUGCCAUAGACAGUCGGAAAGAAAGAUAUGGGUAUUUGAUUUGGUAGAUGUAUUAUUCAACAUAGCUAAAAUAUCACUGCAUUUCGUACCUAACAAGUUUGCCUCUACACUUUUACUAAUAAUUGAAACAGUUUGUAUGCCUGAUAGUGUAAUACACUCUGAUAAAUAG